AAUUCUGAUUUUUUAUGUCAGAUGGAUUUGCUUCAGGAAUUUUAUGAGACAACACUUGAAGCACUGAAAGAUGCUAAGAAUGAUAGAUUGUGGUUUAAGACAAACACAAAGCUUGGCAAAUUAUAUUUAGAACGAGAAGAAUAUGGCAAGUUACAGAAGAUUUUGCGGCAACUCCAUCAAUCAUGUCAGACUGAUGAUGGAGAAGAUGACCUUAAAAAAGGCACCCAGCUAUUGGAAAUUUACGCUUUGGAAAUUCAAAUGUAUACAGCACAAAAAAACAAUAAAAAACUCAAGGCACUAUAUGAACAGUCAUUGCACAUCAAGUCUGCAAUUCCUCAUCCGCUGAUCAUGGGAGUUAUCAGAGAAUGUGGUGGUAAAAUGCACCUAAGAGAAGGUGAAUUUGAAAAGGCACAUACUGAUUUCUUCGAAGCGUUCAAAAAUUAUGAUGAAUCAGGGAGUCCAAGAAGAACUACGUGCUUAAAAUAUUUAGUCCUAGCAAACAUGCUGAUGAAGUCUGGAAUAAAUCCGUUUGAUUCUCAGGAGGCAAAACCAUACAAAAAUGAUCCAGAGAUUCUAGCAAUGACAAAUUUAGUAAGUUGCUUUUGUUUUCUUCCAGAACUUUUGCGAAACAUCAGGACACAAGUGCUUAUAAAAUUAAUUAAGCCUUACACAAGGAUACAUAUUCCAUUUAUUUCUAAGGAGUUAAACAUAGAUGUAGCUGACGUGGAAAGCUUGCUUGUGCAGUGUAUACUGGAUAACACUAUUCAUGGUCGGAUCGAUCAAGUAAAUCAACUCCUUGAGUUAGAUCAUCAGAAGCGGGGCGGAGCACGAUAUACUGCGUUAGAUAAAUGGACCAACCAACUAAACUCACUCAACCAGGCAGUAGUCAGUAAGCUGGCUUAAACAAGAACAAGCUAUGAUGAAAAUCCAUUUAAGAACAGCGCAGUGAUGUAAACCUUAAAAACUGGGAAUGGCAAAACUACUGUCGGUUGAUGUGCCCUGAAAUUAUUGGAGUUACUGGCAGAAGUGCUUUUUUGAUCAGCUGGUUUGUGUUUUGCUGCUGCAUUUAUCCCAAGAAAAAAAACAACAGCUUUAAUCUUCAGAAGAAAACCAAAACGCCACGGGAUUGAUGCUGUGUUGACCUUUUUUGCCCUCACCACGCGACACCCUAAAUAAUCUGCCAAGGGGCACCUUAUGGCCAGAGAGAAGGUUAUGUUUGUCAUGAUUUUUAAUUACACUGACACGUUCCUGUUGGUUUAAAUUUAAGCAUUAUUUUACCUGCAGAAAAAAAAAAUCUCACAAAAAAUAACCUGCAAUAACUUGAAACGCAUACCCUUUUGAACAUUUCUUUUCUCAUGUAUACAUUGAAAUGUUUGCUGCAUUUUGCAAAAUGUCAACUCUCCCAAAAUGUGUCUGCAUAUUUCUGUACCUGCAGUGUAAUAAAGGAUUAGAGGAAACCCACAAUUAUGGUGGCAUACUGUCACUUAGGUUUCAAGCAGCAAAAAUAAACAGUGCGGUUCAGAAA